AUGCUGCUUGAGUUCAGUUUCAAUAAUAUAAAUCAUGAGUAUACGUCAGACAAAUUUACAGAUCAAUAUUAUAGUCAUUUGACUAAAGAUGAGUUGUUAAAAUUAUCAUCAUUUCAAUUAUUAUCAUUUUAUUUAACUAUUGAAAGAUAUAGAGGUGUUCAAUCUUGGUGGAAACCAUUUUUAGAUAUGUUACCAACCAUGUCCGACUUCCAACUAACGCCAAUGACGUGGAACAAUCAAGAAUUAGUCAAACAAUUACCAAUAUCAACUCAGCUCAUGAAUGAGGAAAUCACAAGUAGAUUUGAGAAAGACUAUAAAGUAAUACUGGAUGAACUAGGUAUUUUGAAUCGUGAAGAUGUGCUUUUAUCUUGGUUAUGUAUAAAUUCACGUUGUUUAUAUAUGAAAUUAUCAACAUCUCAUAAUUCAAGUGAUAAUUUCACAAUGGUUCCUUUUGUUGAUUUUAUAAAUCAUAGUGAUGAAGAUCAUUGUAAAUUAAAAAUAGACUUUAAGGGUUUCAAAAUAAUAACUACUUGUGAAUAUACUUUAAAUUCACAAAUUUAUCUUAAUUAUGGUCCACAUAAUAAUGAUUUCUUACUUUGUGAGUAUGGGUUCAUGAUAAACGACAAUAAAUGGAAUGAUUUAGAUAUUUCAAACUAUAUAAUGGACUAUUUGAAGCCUAAACAGAUUGAAUAUUUGAAACAGAUUGAUUAUUUUGAUUUUUAUACAUUGACUAAUUCAAUUUUAUCAUUUAGAACAGAGGUUGUUCUUGCUGUCAUACAAGAGUCAAAUCCAGAAGAAAGUAAGAAAUUGGAAAGUUUUAUUAAUGGAUACACUGAUGGGGUAAUUUAUCAAAGAUUAUCUAAACAUUUAUUAAAGAAGAUUUUGGAAGAAGUUAUAUUCGAAUAUGAGAAAAACCAGCACUUACAAUUUGAUUCAGCUCCAAGAAAGAAAGUGAUUGGAGACUUAUACAGAAACAGAAACGAUAUUGCAAAGUCAUACAUCCAAGAAUACUUAUCUUAA